CUUGUAGAGACCAUUUCGGUCAUCACGAACGACGGCCGCAACAUCAUCGGCGUGCUCAAGGGCUUCGACCAGUGCGUGAACGUGAUCCUGGACGACAGUUUCGAGCGCGUGUUCUCGCUCAAGGAGCCGGUGGAAGCCGUGGAGCUCGGGCUCUACAUCGUGCGCGGCGACAACAUCUCGGUGAUCGGCGGCGUGCCCGAGAACAUCCGAGAGCAGGUGAUCGACGACCAGACGCGUGCGGCCCCACUAAAGCCGCUCGUCCAUUAA